CUUUCCCCCCCUUCCAGUCCGGACACUUUCCCCCCCUUCCAGUCCGGACACUUUCCCCCCCAUCCAGUCCGGACACUUUCACCCCCUUCCAGUCCGGACACUUUCCCCCCCUUCCAGUCUGGACACUUUCACCCCCUUCCAGUCCGGACACUUUCCCCCCCUUCCAGUCCGGACACUUUCCCCCCCCUUCCAGUCCGGACACUUUCACCCCCUUCCAGUCCGGACACUUUCCCCCCCUUCCAGUCCGGACACUUUCACCCCCUUCCAUCCCGGACACUUUCCCCCCCUUCCAGUCCGGACACUUUCCCCCCCUUCCAGUCCGGACACUUUCACCCCCCUUCCAGUCCGGACACUUUCCCCCCCUUC